CCCACAAUCACACGGACCGGAAGCGCACAGCUAUUACAACACAUUAGCGUCUGCCUCGCGAGUCGUCUUCGUUUUCUCUCCGUUAUUUCAUUAGUAGACUAUUAUUAAACGAGAGUUUAAUUUAAAACUGCGGCAGACACGAUGGUCCGUUUGAAAUAGCAUUUCAAGACUGAAUUCAUGAAGAAGAUAACAUUCUUAAUGUCUGACGAUGAGGAGGCUGAACAAAAAGAAAGCCCUGAACUUUGUGAAAGAACUGGAUGCUUUUCCCAAGGUUCCUGAGAGUUAUGUAGAGACAACAGCUAGUGGAGGAACAGUGUCCGUGUUGGCCUUCACUGCCAUGGCUCUCCUUGCCUUCUUUGAGUUUUUUGUGUAUCGGGACACAUGGAUGAAGUACGAGUAUGAAGUGGAUAAGGACUUUACCAGUAAACUAAGAAUUAAUAUAGAUAUCACAGUCGCCAUGAGGUGUCAAUUUGUUGGAGCAGAUGUGUUAGAUCUGGCUGAGACAAUGGUAGCAUCUGAUGGCCUGCAGUAUGAACCUGUUGUUUUUGACCUUUCUCCCCAGCAAAGGCUCUGGCAUAGGACGCUCUUGCUCAUUCAGAGCCGUCUUCAUGAAGAACAUUCACUCCAAGACGUUCUGUUCAAGAAUGUAAUGAAAGGUGCCCCCACUGCUCUCCCACCCAGGGAAGAUGACCCCACCCAGCCUCUUAAUGCCUGCAGAAUACAUGGACAUCUCUAUGUCAAUAAAGUAGCAGGAAAUUUCCACAUCACUGUUGGCAAGGCUAUCCCACAUCCUCGAGGUCAUGCUCAUCUUGCAGCCCUGGUCAGCCACGAAACAUACAACUUCUCCCAUCGGAUAGACCAUCUGUCAUUCGGAGAGGAAAUACCAGGCAUUCUGAAUCCUCUGGACGGCACGGAAAAAGUGUCUACAGAUCAUAAUCAGAUGUUCCAGUACUUUAUCACCAUUGUGCCCACAAAACUGGAAACAUACAAAGUGUCUGCAGAUACACACCAAUAUUCAGUCACUGAGCGGGAGCGAGUGAUAAACCACGCAGCAGGAAGCCAUGGUGUAUCUGGGAUCUUUAUGAAAUAUGACAUCAGCUCUCUGAUGGUGAAGGUGACGGAACAGCACAUGCCGCUGUGGCAGUUCCUCGUGCGACUCUGUGGCAUCAUAGGGGGAAUUUUCUCAACUACAGGCAUGUUGCAUGGUCUGGUUGGCUUCUGCGUAGAUGUUGUCUGCUGUCGGUUUAAACUAGGGGUUUAUAAACCAAAUAGAGUGAAUCUUCUCGAUGGCCAUGUGAACAACUUGACACCGCUUCUUUCUGAGAACAUUGAACACUAGCUAAAUUCUCCUUGCCACGUUAAAAAAAUUAUUUUAGUCAUUCUUUCAUCUAAAACACUUAUAAAUCCUCAUUACAUUAAUACACAUGACAUCGAGGUACUUUAAGUUUGCCAGUUUAUUGUCAUUUGUGGAACACUGUCAUCUGUGAGAAUAUUGUUGGGUGCAAAAAACUUUUUUUAUGUUAAAUUAUUGAUUUAAUGUCAAUUCCAAAAAAAGAAAAGCAGUCAUGGCUAAAAAAAAAAAAGAUUAUUUUAGAGGAUAAAAUAGAUUUUUGGAAAAGCUUGUCAUUGUGCAUCUAAAUUUCUCAAGUCUUUUUUAUUAUUUUACUCGUGAAGGCAGCUAUUUUCUCUAAAGAUAUAAGAUAAAAUGUUCAUAAACUAGCAUAACAUAAUUUUCAUUGAGUGGAUGAAAUACCCCCUUUAAAAGCAUCCAAAUAUGCAGUAAAGUCAGAUUAAAUUGUGCGAUUUUAAUACAAUUUUGAUUCAAAGACACAAGCAGUCAUUACAGUAUUAGGAUUUGUUUUUGGAGUUUGUCUUGUUUGGUCAUCCAGUAUCCCAAUCAGAGCCAAGAUCUUAUUUUUGCUGAUAAGUUUUAAAGCAAUAGCUCGCCCAAAAAUUAAAAUUCUCUUAUUUUUUACUCAGCCUCAUGCCACCAAAUAUGUGUAUGACUUUCUUCAGCAGAACACAAACAGAGAUUUUUAGAAGAAUAUUUCAGCUCUGUUGGUCUAUUCAAAUACAAGAACUUUGAAGCGCCAAAAUCACGUAAUGGCAGUAUAAAAGUAAUCCACGUGACUCCAGUGGUUAAAUUCAUGUCUUCUGAAGCGAUAUGAUAGGUGUGGGUGAGAAACAUCAAUAUUUACAUCCUUUAUUUUGUGUGCUGCCAUAGUGUCUAGGCACUAAAACUUACAAGUCAAUAGUGGAAGAGGUGCAUUACAAUCCUACUGAUUAAUCUUUCCUAGUACACAGGAAACUCAUUACAAAUCUUGUCAAAGCCUUCAAAUAACAAGGCUGAGGCUAGUUAUGUUUUAAUUAAAUGAAUAAAUAUACAGGAUAUUUUA